GAGAUUUUUUGUAAGGCGGAUACCGAGAAUCAUGCGUAUCACGCAUUAGUUGGAAAGCUGAUUAGAAUAAAUGACGAAACCAAAACAAUGCUAGUCCGGGUACUAAGGGCGUACAAGGGAGCCAAACGAGGGGAUAGGUUGACGAUCCGUUACGGUACACCCGAUAGACCUCCCACUUCGUGCGACAUUAAUAUGUCGGUCGAUAAUGUGGGCAAGAAAUUCUUGAUGACUGGUACCACUCGCUUGACAGGCGAGGAUGCAGGAGAUAUUUCCUUGGAUGGAUGUGAUAUACUAAGAUCAUGGGAUUCACUGGAAAGAGCAGAAAAGGCCGAGUGGCAGCGUUUCAAGAGAAACUCAGACGAUUACUGCCAAGAGCCUGAGGAUCCUUGUUCGGUACUAAAUGCCUGUCCCCAGGAUGCUGGUUGCCAAGCCGUCAACGGUAUUGCAGAGUGCAUAUUUGAUGAACCUUUCAUUCACCCGGAGCCCGAGCCCCCCAUUGUGGAAGAUACAGGACUGGUUACCACUUGUGCCACGGACGGCUGUGGCGAAAAUACUGAUCUAGUGUGCGUCGAUGAUCAAUGUGUGAAACUCGUAGCAGAAGAACUAGAACCAUUUAUUAUCGAAUUGCCGGAACCAAUUCCGUUUACUUGUGCGAAGUAUGGCUGCGGCGAAGACACCGGUUUAGUGUGCGUGGAUGAUGAGUGUGUGGAGCCCACAGACGAUCCCGUUCUCAUUGUAUUGCCCGAACCAAUUCCCUUCACCUGCGCCAAGUAUGGCUGUGGUGAGGAUACUGGGUUGGUAUGCAUAGAUGAUCAGUGCGUGAAACCUCCAGCUGAGGUAGAAUGUGGCUUUGUAUGUCAGAUCUAUUGCCCGAAUGGGAAUGUUAUGGAUGCGAAUGGGUGCCCGACAUGCGCGUGCAACCCGUAA